AUGUUGAUUGGGUUGGUAGUCUAUGCUGGAUUCUAUGUAUUGGUAGUGGCAUUCAUAGCAGUGCAAUUUGUGUUUCGAUAUGUUGUUCUGAUAUAUCCAGAUUGGGUAAAAAAAUUCGAAGGAAUGGGGGUAUUGGCAUGGGGAUCAUAUCCAUUCUGGGUUGGUCUCUUCAACGGUUUUGCUAUUUUUUGGUUCGCGUAUCCGGAUGAGUUCGGGGAUGAGUACAUGAGAAGCGAAAUCUUUGAGGUCUACAACCUAGACAUCACCAAGGUCCCUCGCAUCCUCAUCAUCCCCUAUGACGCCAAUGAAUCUAUCAGAUGGUUCAACACUCUCUACCUGCUCACCGGUGCAUUCACUCUCCUCUCUCAAUAUUUUAUUAUUAUCUACUGUGGCAUCAAAAUGCAUUCCCAAAUGAAUAAGGAGCUUCUGAAGUUCUCGAUUCCAAAUCGAAAACUCCAACAACAAUUCUUCAAAGCUUUAGUAGUUCAAAUUAUUGUUCCCACUAUUAUAUUUGUUUUCCCAUCAACUCCCUUGCUAUUAGGACCCCUAUUAAAUCUGAAAAUGAGUAUUCAAUCCGGUGGAGUUUGUGCCUUAUUAAGUCUAUACCCUCCAAUAGAUAGUAUAGUGUUCAUGUUGAUUGUUACCGAGUACAGGAAGAUUUUUACUAAAAAAUGUGCAACCAAAACUCAUAGUUUGCCUUCUCACUACAUGACAGUUUAG